AAAACUAUUAUUCUCUCUUAAGUUUGUUGUGAGAGUAUAAAUUGGAAUACUUUGUUAUUAUUCUCUUCUGGCAUAUAAAUCGUAAGUAAUAUAUUUAGAAAUUAAAUUUAAAUUAACUAUUUGUAUUAAUUUGUAUAUGGUCAAUUACCGUUAUAUAAUAUCUAAGUACAAAUGCUAUAGCUAAUGGUUAGAUUUUAUGAGCCAUAAAAGUGGAUGCAAUUAAUUUAACGGCACUUCACUAUGAAAUAUUAUUUAUUGCGCUUCUCGAAUAAAUUUAUAUAAAAUAGCCAAAUUUACGAACACUUCUAACUGAAACUCCAACAAUUCAAAUCGCUUUAGACAUGCGUCCCGAGCUACGGUUAUGCUUAACGCUUUUCGUUAUAUUUUGUUACGCAACAACCAUUGAAGCAGCAAAUACUACACCAUCCCCACCGAAGGCGUCAAGGACCUGCGACUGCAGCGGACUUAGUUGUAAAUGCUGCCAGAGCCUAAAGGCCGGGCCAGUACCUUUAGGAAAGAGCAUUUGUCUGCAAUUCAAAUUGAUAAUAAGGCCCCUCAAAUUGAAUGUGACAAUAUCGCUGGAUAACACAACUUUGGCCGUAUUUGAUGUGGAUCCCAUGAAACCGCCAACCGCUUGCAUUCCCAUUGUUUUACCAAUGAAUGUGGCGAUGUGUGUGCGCCUGCAUGACAUGAAACUGGUGGGUUUGACGGCGUUACAGGUCUGCGCCAGUUUGCAUCUCAACUUCAUCAAAGACCAGGUGAUGAGUUAUAAAUUACCCUGUGCGAAAUUGGGCACCAAAGGCAUUGAAUUGAUGACAAGGUAGUCGAAAUCAGAAAAUACGAUAUCAGAAAUAUAUGUAAAUAUGUAAAUAUAUACUGUGAAUAUAAUACUAAAAAAACAUGAGAAGUACUACAAAGUGUAUUAAUUGUAAAAUGUGAAACAAAUAAUCUAUACUUGAUAUUUACUUACUUGAGUGAUCGUCGAAUAACCAUACUACAGUUGCCUUUUAGGCAAGAGAUGUGUAUAAAAUUUAUUUCCAAACAG